GAGAGAAAGAGAGAGUAAUCGCCAUUUUUCUUUAUUGGGGGAGUGAAGAAGGAUAGGAUUCAGAUGAUGAAGUACAGAUGAAUGCUCCAUAAACCCUACUCUUCUUCUUUUACCUCCAGCUUCGAUUAUACCAUUCCUUGUUUGUGAAGGUUUGCAAUGUUCUAGCUGGUCUUGAGCAAUCUCUGGUUUAGGGCAUUUUAGUUGGUAAGGAUGAUAACUGGAUACAGCACGCCAAGUGCACAUGUUCUAAUGAGCUCUCGGGCAUUCAAGUCAUCAUCAUAUAGAGCUGCAGCAGGACAGACUCAACAUUAUCUUGCUCGAAGUUCAUUGCCUGUCGUAAAGAACUCGUGGGGAUCACCACCUUCACCUUUCAAUGAGCUUCCGAGAGUGUCAAGAGGUGUGCCUCUGUCAUAUCUCUCAGCCUCGUCUUCUCUGCUUCUGAAUGGAGAACAAGGUAGUCUAUCUGGUACAUUACCUGUGUUACCUGUCCGCAGAAAAACUCUUUUGACUCCACGAGCGUCAAAAGAUGUACCUUCUAGCUUCCGAUUUCCCCCGAUGACCAAGAAGCCACAAUGGUGGUGGAGAACUUUGGCUUGCCUGCCUUACCUAAUGCCACUGCAUGAAACUUGGAUGUAUGCAGAAACCGCUUACCAUCUCCACCCAUUCCUAGAAGAUUUUGAAUUCUUAACCUACCCAUUUCUAGGCGCCAUAGGAAGAUUACCAAGCUGGUUCCUCAUGGCUUACUUUUUUGUAGCUUAUCUAGGGAUAGUGCGAAGAAAAGAAUGGCCUCACUUCUUCAGGUUCCAUGUAGUGAUGGGUAUGCUGCUUGAAAUCGCACUCCAGGUUAUAGGGACCGUUAGCAAGUGGAUGCCUCUUGGAGUCUAUUGGGGUAAGUUUGGGAUGCAUUUCUGGACUGCUGUUGCGUUUGCUUAUCUGUUUACCGUCCUUGAAAGCAUACGGUGUGCACUUGCGGAUUCGGUCUGCGAAGAGUGCAAACAAAAUCCAUGGAAGUACAAAUGUCCCGGAUGUUCAAUUCGAUCGUGUGCCCUUCCCUGUGUGAAAGCCCACAAGCAGCGAACAGGUUGUACCGGAAAAAGGAAGUUCACCGACGUCGUUCCCCUCUCCAAGUUCGACGACAAUCUCCUCCUCUCUGACUACAAUAUGCUUGAGGAAACAAAAAGAGUAGCCGAGUCUGCUCUGAGAAGGAGAAGUCAAUUAUGCAAAAAUCAUUAUUCUUAUAAGUUACCCUAUCUUCUUAAGAGCCUUCAAAGUGCUGCUUAUAGCCGCAGAACUAAGCUAUGGUAUCUCCCUAGUGGAAUGUUAAAGAGGGAAAAUAAUCAGUCCAGAUACGAUAAUAGGAGCAAGUGUAUCUCGUGGACAAUAGAGUGGCGGUUUCACUCUACAGAUGUCAUUCUUGUUGACCAUGGAGUUGGUGAAGAUAGAAACCUAUGCUCAGUGAUAAAGAAUCAUCUCAAGCCUGGCCCCUGGAUUCACAAGCUCAAGCCUUUUUGUGAUGUGGAUCUUGAUUCUCUCAAACUUUUUAUACGCCAAUACCCAAAGGGUGCAAAGGCUCCUUUCAAGGAGCUGGACAUCAAAGCUCCUUUGAGGAAACAGCUUGCCAAAGUUGUUAUAUUAGAGUACCCGGUGAUCCAUGUAUAUCUACCUUCACAGAGCUAUGAAUUUAAAGUUAUCAAAGACUUUAACACGACACCUAAUCCUAAUGAUUCGUUAUACGAUGGUCAUGGAUGCACAAAUGGUAUAACCUUCCGAGAAGAAGAAAUAGAAGAAGACGACAUUGACUCCUUUGAGCCAGAGGUUCUUGGUCUUAUGAAACAAAUGAACUAUAACCCGUGUCUGCGAGUCUCAGAGAAAAGCAAGGCAGAGGGCGUUGGUACCAACAACUCAAAUCCUCAGGUUGAUACCACAGAACAAGAAGAUGCCGGUAACAUGGAGCUUGAAUUUGAGCAAGGGUUAAUAGACACAUACUCAGAUCUUUUUGCGGAGAUGAACCCAGGUGACUAUUUCAACUUUGAAUGUGAAUUUGCAAAGGGGUUGGAUUCGGAUGAUAAUUGCAAUCUCCAAAAUUUAGAUACUGAUUUCAUCGCUGAUGGACUAGAUUUAGAAGAAGGGGAAAUCGUCGAAUGAUGGUCAUAGUCUUGUUCUGGCAAAAAGGAAUUACUCUCUGUGAAACAUUUUUGAGGAUUAUGUUCAUGCCUGAAGCUCUCUUGUUCGAGCACAUUAGCUAUACUUGGUAAUAGCCAAAGCUUUUACUGGAAUGCAAUAAGCCACAGCACUGAUGGUCAUAAGUUUUCGGUCUGGGCUUUGAUCAACAGGUAUUUCUUUUGUAGUAAACCAGAUUACUAGGCUGUUCUGUGGUUUGUAGCAAACUUGAUUGUUUACAUACAAGAUAGUUAACUUAAGAAUGUCUCCGAAACUUUUGUUCAGUCUUAUCCUCCUAUAGAUCCUCAUAAAUUAAUCUUGUUGUCUUUCAGAUCUUCUUUAUAGUCAAUGUAAUACAGACCAAACCUUGUA